AUGGCAGAACGAAUGAGUGAAGAUGCUUAUACAAAAGCUAUUUUAUCAUCUACUUCUCAGAACCCUUCGAAGAAUAAGAUUGAUGAAUUCAGUAAGGAUAUCCAAGUGGUACAGAUGUACGGAGUACGGGCUCCAAUAACAGCGGCGGCUGUUAUUGUGUGGUCAAGCGCCUCCCAAGAAGCCAUUACAUUCAGAGCCACUAGAACUGGGGCAAAAGAGGCUCACCGCCAGCGCCAUGCUGGUAUGAGAGGGGACGAACCUCCCAACCCAAUCACUCCGACAGACCGCGUACAAUUUUCACAGCCUCCACCAGCUGGGUUCGAUUCCUGGUAA